AUGGGGACAUCCUUUGAAAUUAGAAACUGCACUCUCUUGGGGCUUUUGGUCCUCAUUGCUUCCAUAGCAAACCAAUGUGAAGGCGCAGAGUUUGUUAAAUGUAACAACACCCAUUUCAUGGUGGGCGGAUCUCGUUUCUUCUUCAAUGGUUUCAACUCCUACUGGUUGAUGGAUGUUGCAUCAGACCCAAGCCAAAGGAGCAAGGUUUCCAAUGUGUUCGGUGAUGCUGCUGCUGCGGGUCUCACCGUCUGCCGCACUUGGGCUUUCAGCGAUGGUGGUACCCGCCCCCUCCAAAAAUCUCCGGGCGCCUACAACGAGAACUUCUUCCGGGCGUUGGAUUUCGUUGUUUCGGAGGCAGGAAAGUAUAAUAUUCGACUAAUCUUAAGUUUGGUCAACAAUUGGAAGGACUAUGGAGGAAAACCUCAGUAUGUUCAGUGGGCUAGAAAUAACAAAGUCCAGGUUAAAAGUGAUGAUGAUUUUUUCACCAAUACAGUCAUCCAGUUUUACUACAAGAAUCAUGUAAAGAAAAUUCUUACAAGGUUGAACACAAUAACUCAUGUUGCUUAUAAAGAUGAUUCAACUAUUAUGGCUUGGGAGCUAAUGAACGAACCUCGAUGCCAAGUCGAUGCUUCUGGAAAAACACUAACAACUUGGACCCAAAGGAUGGCUUCUUAUCUUAAAUCUAUAGAUAAUAAACACUUGCUGGAAAUAGGCCUAGAGGGCUUCUAUGGGAAUUCCACCCCCGGAAAAACGCAGUACAAUCCGCAAGGUGGCUUGUUUGGCACAGAUUUUGUUGCCAAUAAUCAAAUUAAAGAGAUUGAUUUCACCACUAUACAUGCAUAUCCUAAUGAUUGGUUGCCUGGCGCGAACAAUUCCUCUCAAAUGGCAUUUGUGCAAAGGUGGAUGACAAUUCACUCAAUGGACUCGAAUGCUAUAUUGAAAAAGCCACUGGUGUUUGCUGAGUUUGGGAAAUCAAAGAAAGAAGCAGGGUACAAUACCCAUAUGAGAGAUUCUUACUUAAGUGCCAUUUAUACCACAAUUUACAAAGAUGCAAGUAAAGGAGGACCAAUGGCAGGGGGGCUGGUUUGGCAACUCAUGGCCAAAGGAAUGGAGUCAUAUUAUGAUGGAUAUGAGAUUGUUUUACAGAAAAACACAUCCACAACUGCCAUCAUCACUCAGCAAUCUACGAAGAUGAAUAAGCUCAUGCACAAGUGA